UUUUUCUAAAUGAUCUAUUAGGCUCAUAACAGCCGACUGUGCUCUGCCUUGACUCAGAAGUUCAAAGAGCUGAACUAAAUCUGAGGCCAAAGGAAAUUCUUGCACAACAGGCCUAUUGUUGACAAAAGAUAGGCUCUGUGUACUGAAAGCCGUGCUGACUGAGUGGGACUGUAUGCAGGAUUUUACAUUAGAAACGUAACAUCACAGCUAUGCCAGGCUCACCCAGUCCUCUAACCACUCAUGUGCUGAACACUGCACUGGGGGUCCCAGGAUCAAACAUGACCAUCAGACUUUACCAGCAAGACCCCUCAACCGAUGUCUGGCAUCUGAUAACCUCUGGGACAACUAACAGCGAUGGGCGAUGUCCAGGACUGGUCACACAGCAGCAGUUUGUACCUGCUGUCUACAAAUUGCACUUCGAGACGGGUCAGUACUGGGCCAGUAUGGGACAGACCUCCUUUUAUCCCUAUGUUGAGAUUGUUUUCACUAUAACUGAUCCAGGCCAGAGGUAUCAUGUGCCGCUGCUUGUGAGUCGUUUCUCCUUCAGCACAUACAGGGGGAGCUAGAGAGCAUCUGCUGUUAUCCUCCUAUCAACUUAUCACUGUCUGACUGAAAAAAAAAACAUUGGCAACUCCACUAAUGACCCUCUUGGCAGCACUACUGGCAAAAUAUGUAUUUGUUUAUUUUUCUUGAAGAAAUUAGAACUACAACAUUACAAAUAAAUGGUUCUAUGUAUUACACAAAACUAUACUGUUGUCUUUCUGGUGCAAACACCCAUAUGAGUUAAACAUUGGUAUUUACUGAUUUUAUGAUUAGCUAGCAAUUAAGUGAUUAUUAACAGUGUUAAUUAAACACAGUUUUCAUGUCAAUAGUGUCACAUUAUAUAAA